AAUCAGUUGCCCGCGUUCGUUUGCCACGGCGCGUUCGUGCUUUAAUUUUUCGAUAUACAAGCGUGGAGGAGCAUAUUCCUAGUUUUGGUUAUUAAGCACAAACUUUUGAAAAACAUGUCUAAUGCAAUUAAAUUGCUCCUCUUGAUCACGGCUCAGGCGCUGCUCAGCCAGAGAGGCGUCCAGGCCAAGAGAUUCUUUGGUGCGGGUCAGCGCAUUGAUGGCGAUCAGCUGCUGCUUAAGGAUGUGCAGCAUUCGCGUCCUGCGAGCAUCAGUGAACCGCCCAAUGUCAGCUUUAAGUACAACAUUGUCGAGCCAAUUACCUAUAUUGAAAUCGUCUCGAAUCAGAACAUUGAGGCCGAGGUGAAAUUCAGCUAUGUGGAUACCUUGGUGGUGGGCAUAGUCCGCCUAGUGACCAACGAUGGGAGCACAUUGGAGGCAGAUAUCGAGACAGCAUCGGAGACGCCCAGGCCGAAUCUGCCUGCGGCCUUUGAUGUGCUUAUCACAAUCUAUGGCUACAACGAAACCUUUUUGAAUGUGAAUCCAGCGCUGCUGAUCAAUCGGGACUCUAUGUAUGAGGGCGAGAUGACACCCUACGACUUUGACUAUGAGAAUAUAAGCGAACCGUACGACAACGACAAGCCCCAGACGGUGAUGAUGGACGAUGAGGAUGACGAGCCGAGCACCGAUGCGACCACCUAUGGCCCGGACUUUGAGCUCAAGGACAAGAUCAUAGAAAUUGGACAACGGCAAAAGGGUGACGAUUUGAUAUACGAAACAUAUCAAACAUCUCCGGAUGUGUCCAAAGAGCAGACAAAUCAUACGGUCAUUUUCUACUAUAUUGACAGCGAUUUCAUCACCUACGUAAAGUUUGUCAUCUUCGAUCACUUUGCGGAUAAGAUAGCCACCGCCGAGGACUAUACGGCGCCCGUGGCCGAGUACAGUCAUUAUUCGCCGACCACGCUGAAAGCAACCAUUACGGACUUUAACAUCAGCUCGUUGUUUGUGCAAAUGUUUGUUUAUGGCUAUCGCGGAGUCGAUGCUCCACCGCCGAGCUAUAAACCCUUCCUGAAAGGAAAAAGCCAAAUAAUUGAUGAAAAACCCAGCCUGACUCCGUUGCAGCGUAUACAGCUGUUGCUGUUGACGGGUCGUUCGACCACACCAUCGGAUCUGGAGCAGGACGAGACGGAUGAUUCCGAAGAGGAUGACGCAUGGCGUCAGAUAAAACCCGAGGACAUGGUGCCCGAUCAUGUACCCGAUCCGAGCAUAACAAAUGCAGUGCUCGAACAGCAGCGGGCCGUGCCGCAACGACUCUAUGCGAUGUUGGGCCUAAUGCUAUUUGCCGUGGCAUAGUCGAGCUCUUGGGUGUCAUGGAGCGGGGGCAAGGUAUAAUUAAUUUAGUCAACCGAUUGAAAAGCUUUAAAUGAGUAGUGUUUAGGGGCGCAUAUUUGCAUAUUGUAAUAUUUUUAUCAAAUAAAACCAAUUGUCGAAAGCCGA